CACACACACAAGAAGCUUUUAUCCAAAUAUAGGUCCAAAUAGUUCUAUAAAAGCUGUGGGGUUGCAGAGGCCAUUGCCAUUCGAUCGAAACAUUUGCAGGAACAUCAUAUUGGAUAGCAGUUAAUUGAAAGAAACAGAUCAGAUUAAGAGAGAGCAGCAGCAGCCGCGAUGAGUUCAGACGCAGAGAUGUCUGUGUUUGGCGAGGCCGCGCCUUACCUGCGCAAGCCGGAACGGGAGAGGAUUGAGGCACAGAACAAGCCAUUCGAUGCCAAAUCGGCCGUUUAUGUAGCCGACGCUAAGGAGCUCUAUGUCAAAGGCACACUCAAGAGCAAAGAGGGUGGCAAAGCCACUGUGGACACUGGAGCUGGCGAGACUGUCACAGUAAAGGAGGACCAAGUCUUCCCUAUGAACCCACCUAAAUAUGAUAAAAUUGAGGACAUGGCCAUGAUGACCCACCUCAAUGAGGCAUCCGUGCUGUACAACCUUAAAGAGCGUUAUGCAUCUUGGAUGAUCUAUACCUACUCGGGACUGUUCUGCGUGACUGUGAACCCCUACAAGUGGCUCCCAGUGUACAACCAGUCCGUUGUGGUGGCCUACAGGGGCAAGAAGCGCCAGGAGGCUCCCCCUCACAUCUUCUCUAUCUCAGACAACGCUUACCAGUUCAUGCUGACAGAUAGAGAGAACCAGUCGAUCCUGAUCACGGGAGAAUCCGGUGCAGGCAAGACUGUCAACACUAAGCGUGUCAUCCAGUAUUUUGCAACAAUUGCAGUGUCUGGUGGUGACAAAAAGAAAGAUGCUUCAGCUUCUGGCAAAAUGCAGGGAACGCUGGAAGAUCAAAUCAUUUCAGCCAAUCCUCUACUAGAGGCGUUUGGUAAUGCCAAGACAGUCAGAAAUGACAACUCCUCCCGUUUUGGCAAAUUCAUCAGAAUUCACUUUGGAACUUCAGGAAAACUGUCUUCCGCUGAUAUUGAAACUUAUCUGCUGGAAAAGUCCAGGGUAACAUUCCAGCUUCAAGCCGAGAGAAGCUACCACAUUUUCUACCAGAUCAUGUCAAACAAAAAGCCUGAACUCAUUGAAACACUUCUCAUUACCACCAACCCGUAUGAUUUCCCAUUCAUCAGCCAGGGGGAGCUCACCGUCGCCAGCAUAAACGACAGCGAUGAACUGAUGGCCACUGAUAGUGCUGUGGACAUUCUGGGCUUCACUGGUGAAGAGAAGAUAAGCAUCUACAAGCUGACAGGAGCUGUGAUGCACCAUGGCAACAUGAAGUUCAAGCAGAAGCAGCGUGAGGAGCAGGCUGAACCUGACGGCACUGAGGUUGCUGACAAAGUGGCGUAUCUCCUGGGCCUCAACUCGGCAGAUUUACUCAAAUCCCUGUGCUGCCCGAGAGUUAAGGUCGGAAAUGAGUAUGUGACAAAGGGUCAAACUGUCCAACAGGUGUACAAUUCCAUCGGAGCACUGGCCAAGUCAGUUUACGAGAAAAUGUUUCUGUGGAUGGUGAUUCGCAUAAAUCAAAUGCUGGAUACCAAGCAGCCCAGGCAGUUCUUCAUUGGCGUCCUGGACAUUGCCGGGUUCGAAAUCUUUGAUUUUAACAGUCUGGAGCAGAUAUGCAUCAACUUCACCAAUGAGAAACUGCAACAGUUUUUCAACCACCACAUGUUUGUGCUUGAACAAGAGGAAUACAAGAAGGAAGGGAUUGAGUGGGAUUUUAUUGACUUUGGGAUGGACUUGGCUGCCUGCAUUGAGCUUAUUGAGAAGCCAAUGGGCAUCUUCUCCAUCCUUGAAGAGGAAUGCAUGUUCCCCAAGGCAUCAGAUACCACCUUCAAGAACAAACUCUAUGACCAGCAUCUGGGCAAAUCAAACAAUUUCCAAAAGCCAAAGCCUGUAAAAGGCAAGGCAGAGGCCCAUUUCUCCCUGGUGCACUAUGCUGGCACUGUGGACUACAACAUCACUGGCUGGCUGGACAAGAACAAAGACCCACUUAAUGAGACGGUCGUGCAACUUUAUCAGAAGUCUUCUCUGAAACUGCUGUCCUUCUUGUACUCCAGCUAUUCCUCUACUGAUGAAGGUGCAGGUGGAGGUGGUGCGGCCGCAGGGGCGAAGAAGGCCGCCAAGAAAAAGGGCUCCUCCUUCCAGACCGUCUCAGCCCUCUUCCGAGAAAAUCUUGGGAAGCUGAUGACUAACUUGAAGAGCACUCAUCCACAUUUUGUGAGGUGUCUUAUUCCCAAUGAAACAAAAACACCAGGUGUGAUGGACAAUCAUCUGGUUAUCCACCAGUUAAGGUGUAAUGGUGUUCUAGAGGGCAUCAGAAUCUGCAGGAAGGGCUUUCCAAGCAGAAUCCUAUAUGGGGAUUUCAAGCAGAGAUACAAAAUUCUGAACUCCAGCGUGAUCCCAGAAGGUCAGUUCAUAGACAACAAGAAAGCCUCAGAGAAGCUCUUGGGGUCGAUUGACGUAGACCACACUCAGUAUAAAUUUGGACACACAAAGGUGUUCUUCAAGGCCGGCCUGCUGGGGACCCUGGAGGAGCUGCGGGACGAGCGACUGGCCGCCCUCAUCACCGUCACUCAGGCCCUGUGCCGAGGCUUCAUCAUGAGGACCGAGUACUCCAAGAUGACCGAGAGAAAAGAAUCCAUUUACACCGUCCAGUACAAUAUCCGCUUAUUCAUGAAUGUGAAGCACUGGUCGUGGAUGAAGCUCUACUUUAAGAUCAAGCCACUCCUGAAGAGUGCGGAGACAGAGAAGGAAAUGGCCACCAUGAAAGUGGAGUUCACCAAGUGCAAGGACGAGCUGGUCAAAGCCGAGGCCAAGAGAAAGGAGCUGGAAACCAAACUGGUGACCCUGCUCCAGGAGAAAAAUGACUUACAGUUACAAGUUCACACUGACUCUGAAGGCAUGGCCGAUGCCGAGGAGAGGUGUGAGGGCCUGAUCAAGAGCAAGAUCCAACUGGAGGCCAAGAUGAAGGAGCUGAGCGAGAGAGUAGAUGAGGAGGAGGAGGUGAACGCUGAGCUGACCGCCAAGAAGAGAAAGCUGGAGGACGAGUGCUCCGAGCUCAAGAGAGACAUCGAUGACAUGGAGCUGACACUGGCUAAAAUGGAGAAGGAAAAGCAUGCCACUGAAAACAAGGUGAAAAAUCUCACUGAGGAGAUGGCUGGUUUGGACGAGUGUAACGCUAAACUGACAAAGGAGAAGAAAGCCCUCCAAGAGGCACAUCAGCAAGCACUUGAUGAUCUCCAAGCAGAGGAAGAUAAAGUCAACACUCUGUCUAAAGCCAAAGUCAAACUUGAACAGCAAGUUGAUGAUCUUGAGGGUUCAUUGGAGCAAGAGAAAAAAAUCCGCAUGGAUCUCGAAAGAGCCAAAAGGAAACUGGAAGGGGAUCUGAAGAUGACUCAGGAGUCUGUAAUGGAUCUGGAGAACGACAAACAGCAGCUGGAGGAAAAGCUCAAAAAAAAAGAUUUUGAGAUGAGUCAGUUGCUGAGUAAAAUUGAAGAUGGGCAAAACAUGGAAUCCCAGCUCCAGAAGAAGAUCAAAGAGCUACAGGCUCGAAUCGAGGAGCUCGAGGAGGAGAUCGAGUCCGAGCGCGCCACCCGCGCUAAGGUGGAGAAGCAGCGGUCAGACCUGUCCAGGGAGCUGGAGGAGAUCAGCGAGCGGCUGGAGGAGGCCGGUGGCGCCACCGCCGCCCAGAUCGAGGUGAACAAGAAGCGGGAGGUGGAGUUGCAGAAACUGCGGCGCGCCCUCGAGGAGUCCACCCUGCAGAACGAGGCGUCCGCCGCCGGCCUCCGCAAGAAACACGGCGACACGAUCGCCGAGCUCGCCGAGCAAAUCGACAACCUCCAACGCGUCAAGCAAAAGCUCGAGAAGGAGAAAAGUGAAUACAAGAUGGAGGUUGAUGACCUGGCUGGCAACACGGAAUCUUUGGCCAAAUCAAAGGCCAACUUGGAGAAGUUAUGCCGCAACUUAGAAGAUCAGCUCAGCGAAUAUAAAGCGAAACAUGAUGAAAACACCCGUCAGAUCAAUGAAAUCAAUGCCCAAAGGGCAAGACUUCAAACUGAAAAUGGCGAGAUUUCCCGUCAGCUUGAGGAGAGAGAAGCCUUGAUCUCUCAGAUGUCUCGAGUUAAGCAAACCUUCACUCAGCAGAUUGAAGAUCUGAAGCGGCAGGUUGAAGAGGAAGCAAAGGCCAAAUGUGCACUGGCCCAUGGUCUUCAGUCUGCCCGCCAUGACUGCGAGCUGCUCCGAGAUCAGUAUGAGGAGGAGCAGGAGGCCAAGGCCGAGCUCAAGAGGAACAUGUCCAAGGCCAACGGGGAGGUGGCGCAGUGGAGAACCAAAUACGAGACUGACGCCAUUCAGCGCACUGAGGAGCUAGAGGAGGCCAAGAAAAAGCUGGCUCAGCGCUUGCAGGACGCCGAGGAGGCCAUCGAGGCGGUGAACGCAAAGUGUUCCUCGUUAGAGAAGACCAAGCAGAGACUGCAGGGGGAGGUGGAAGACCUCAUGGCAGAUGUCGACAGAGCUAAUGCCCAAGCAGCUGUCCUUGAUAAAAAGCAAAAGAAUUUUGAUAAGAUUGUUGCGGAGUGGAAGCAGAAGUACGAGGAGAGCCAGGCCGAGCUGGAGGGGACUCAGAAAGAGAGCCGUUCCCUCAGCACGGACCUUUUCAAGAUGAAGAACUCCUACGAAGAGGCCCUGGACCAUCUGGAGACCUUCAAGAAGGAAAACAAGAACCUUCAGCAGGAGAUUUCGGAUCUCACUGAACAGCUUGCAGAAAACGGGAAGGCCAUUCAUGAGCUGGAGAGGUCCAAGAAGCAAACGGACGCUGAGAAGUCAGUGAUCCAAACUGCCUUGGAAGAAGCUGAGGCAUCACUGGAGCAUGAGGAAUCCAAGAUCCUUCGCAUCCAGUUAGAGCUCACCCAGGUGAAGUCUGAGGUGGAGAGGAAGGUCUCGGAGAAAGACGAGGAAAUCGAGCAAAUCAAACGAAACAACCAAAGGGUCGUAGACACCAUGCAGUCCACCUUGGAUGCCGAAAUUCGAAGCAGGAAUGACGCUCUGCGCAUCAAGAAGAAGAUGGAGGGAGACCUCAAUGAGAUGGAAAUUCAGCUGAGCCAUGCCAACCGGCAGGCUGUGGAAUGUCAGAAACAACUGAGGAAUGUCCAAGGUCAAAUCAAGGAUAUGGCUCUCCAUCUUGAUGAUGCUAUCAGGUCUCAGGACGACCUGAAGGAGCAAGCGGCCAUGGUGGAGCGCAGGAACAACCUCAUGCAGGCCGAGAUCGAAGAGCUGAGAGCCGCCCUGGAGCAGACGGAGAGAAGCCGCAAAAUGGCCGAGCAGGAGCUGGUAGACGCCAGCGAGCGAGUGGGACUUCUGCACGCACAGAACAUUAGUCUGGUCAACACUAAGAAGAAGCUGGAGACGGACGUGAGUCACCUGCAGGGUGAGGUGGAGGAUGCCGUCCAGGAGGCCAGGAAUGCUGAGGAGAAGGCCAAGAAGGCCAUCACUGAUGCGGCCAUGAUGGCAGAGGAGCUCAAGAAGGAACAGGACACCAGUGGCCACUUGGAGCGCAUGAAAAAGAACCUCGAAAUCACAGUCAAAGACCUGCAACUGCGCCUGGACGAGGCGGAGAACAUGGCCUUGAAAGGGGGCAAGAAACAGCUUCAAAAACUGGAAGCCAGGGUCCGUGAAUUGGAAAACGAGCUUGAUGCUGAACAAAAGAGAGGGGCUGAGGCCAUCAAAGGUGUUCGCAAGUAUGAGAGGAGAGUGAAGGAACUCACCUACCAGACUGAGGAGGAUAAGAAGAACGUCCACCGCCUUCAGGAUCUGGUCGAAAAGCUGCAGCUGAAAGUGAAAUCUUACAAAAGACAGGCCGAAGAAGCUGAGGAACAGGCCAACACUCACCUGUCCAAGUCCAGGAAGCUGCAGCAUGAGAUGGAAGAGGCCGAGGAGAGGGCCGACAUCGCCGAGUCUCAGAUCAACAAAAUAAGGGCCAAAACCCGAGAUGUGGGCAAGCCUGAAACUUAAUGGAGGAUUCUGAGAUGGACUUGAAACUCCCUCUUCUGCAUGAAGUAGUUACUUAAUGGGAGUUCAAUCACGUUCAAUCAAAUGGUACUUAGAAGACAUUUAGAUUGAUCUCUUCUGAAUAUACAUUAAAUAAAGUACAAGC